AGUUGGUGGCCUCGGCCACCCACACAGCCGGGGGGGGCAGGGGGCCGCGAGCUGCCGGUGGGAACUGGGGUUUCUGCCUCUUCCCCCCCUCCCCGCUGCACCAGGAGAAGGCUGAAUGGGAAAGCUUAAACAAGCUACUGAUGCAUCAGGGCUUGGAACCGGUGAGCCUUGCUGCCCCCCAGAGCUGCAGAAGCACCUCAGAUGCGAUAGUUUUAGACAGUCAAGCUUCUCGAGGAAUAAGGCUUGCAUUAAAAACGCUGGUGGAAGACACCGACCGACAGCAGAAGAUGAUGCAGGAGCUUCUGGAGGCUAAUCGUUGUCUUAGAGAUGAGAUACGACAGGAACGAGGUCGGGCAUCUCGACAAGAACAACGGGCUAAUGAUUUGGAAAAUGUGGUAAAAAACAUUAAGUCCAAUAUUUGUCAGCUGGAAGAUGAGACGAUAGCUAAAGUUUGCCAGCAACAGAAUCAACUCAAAGAACUUCAGAAAGAUUCACAGGCCAAAUAUCAACAGCAACAGGAAAAGCUGCAAGAACAGGAAGAGGUUAUUGCCCAUUUGCAGAAGGAACUGCGCAAAGUUGGGAUGGAAGAGCAACGUCGUGUUACCACUCAAAACAAGAUGUUUUGUCGGUUUUGCAAAAGAGCCCCCACGUCUCUUCUAGAUCAGCAGUUCCUUUGUCUGAUUGAUUAUUAUGAAUCUCAAAUUAGUCAAAUGAAAAAGGAGCUCAGGCAAUAUAAAAAAGAUGAAGACCAGGUACAGAGAGAAGGAAAAAGCAAGGAAGAAUUCCUAAAUCUAGAUGCUACUCCUAAUUAUAGAGCGCUGCUUACGUCUUUUCAGAAACAACUUAUUGAAACAAAAGCCAGGAAUGAACAGCUUUUGCUUGAAAAUAUAAAUCUUAAGAAGGAUUUGGAAAUAAGACCAACUGCACAGGAAUUAAAACUUUACAAGCACCAAGUGAAGAAACUGGAGAAAACUUUGAAGAAAACUAUCCAAUCUUCGGGAAGUAGUACCAGAGAAAGAACCGAAGAAAAGAAAGAAUCUGAGAGUACCACAGAAGUAGAUCAGCUGCAGGCAGUUUGCCAGCAAUACUUAGAGGUUUUGUCCCAUAUUGAUUCUAUUUUGCGAAGUCCAAGAGCUCCUCCAUUAAUAUACAGGCGCAGUAAAGGGCCAGUGCAAAAUUCUAUUAGGGAGAGCAGAUUUGAGCACCUUCCGCUUACUAUAGAAAUGUGGGCAGAUCAGCUAAUGGCCUUAAAGGAUUUGCAUAGGUCCUUGAGAAAACUGUCUCUGGAAUUGGUGCCCUGGCACACUGCAGGUCCACAGGAUAACAGAGAAUUCAUACGAGUUGAAGACCUCCAGUUCACAGUAGAUGCAAUUUUGGAAGAAAUAGAGAAUAAGGAAAAGAACAGCCAGGCACUGCCCUUAUCGACCGUGUUCGCAAUAGUCUCUCACUUCCAGAAGUUGUUUGAUGUGAAUUCUCUCAGUGGCGUUUAUCCACGAAUGAAUGAGGUUUACACAAAGCUUGGGGAAAUGACCAACGCUAUGAAAAAUCUCCAUGAGCUCCUGGAACUAGACAGUUCAGCUCCACCCACUGUGGUAGUGAAUACUGUUGGGAAACUGUGUGCCGUAAUUAAUGAGAACAUGACUGAGCAGGUACAGCAGCUGCUGGGGACCCAAGACAUCCACAGCAUAAUCAAUAAGCUAGAAGAACACAAGUGCUUUUUUCCACCAUUUCAAGCUCUCAUUCAAGAUUUGCUCUGUCUUCUAGAGAUCAGUAACCUGGAUGAUAUUUUACCAACUGUGCGAAAUCUGAAAUUGGUAGCCAGCUAAGAGCUACUCUGGUCUUCUCUAGCAAGAUUUAUCUCGCCUGCGAAUGUACCUGUUGAUGCAUAUGACAUUAGAGCUACCUCGAACCUCAGUUACCCUAAUCAACAAGUUCAGAUUUUUACAUAAAUAAAAGCUGCUGCAUUUUUUCAUUUUUUUAAA